UAUCACUCCAACUUUCUGGCUGGACGUGUACGGAGACCGGAGGCACUGAGGGGCCCGGAGGGGCACUGUGGGUCCCCAGGUGCUGGUAGUAGACAUACCGGGCUGUGACAGGAGCUGCUUGGAGAUGCUGUUGCUGUGGCUGCUGUUGCUGCUGCUGCUGCCCCCACUGGCCAUGUUCUGUCAGCAAAGGUUUCAGAAUUCCAGACUCUCCUGGCUGAUCAGCCUCCAGCACUGGCUGGCCUGGAGAGUCCUGGGCUGGGCGGCCACCUGGCAGCAGCGAAGACUGGAACAGAGCACACUGCACAUGAGUCAGAGCCAGCAGCAGACCCUCAAGUGGUGUCUAAAAGGAGACCAGGGUUCCUGCCAAACCCGCAAGGGGAACACAGACAUGAGUACCUUCUGGAAUCAUCUCCCACUGACCAAAGCCAGCCAAGUCCAGGAGAAAGAAAGUGAGGGGCAACUCCUGACCCCUGCCUCACCCCAGUACCAUGGAGAGGCCUCUCUGCAGGCCACCCUGCUGGGUCUCCUAGCCCUGAGAAAGUCCUACCCAGAAGUGCUAGCUCCAGGAAGUACCGCCUGUGUGACCCCUACAUCCCCAUGGCCCCACUUUUUCCCCUGGCUCGGUUAUGCCCUUGGCCGGGUGAGCCCCCAUGGAGCCAAGGACCCUCAGACCCUGCUGUUGGAGGCACUGAUGUCCCCAGGGCUGAGGGUACUGGAGGCAGGGACCGCAGCAGAGCUCCUGGAUGUGUUUGUGGGCCUAGAGGCUGAUGGCAAAGAACUGGCUGAGGCCAUAGCAGCUGUGAACCCGGGAGCGCCUCUCUCCAGACAGGCGGCUGAGCUACAAGAAGCCCUAGAACAAGGACGGCAAGGACUGGCCCUUCGUCUCUGGCCAAAGCUGAAAGUCGUGGUGACUCUGGAUGCAGGAGGCCAGGAGGAGGCUGUGGCUGCCCUUAGAGCCUUGUGGUGCCGGGGCCUAGCCUUCUUCUCUCCUGCUUACGCUGCCUCUGGAGGGGUCAUGGCCCUAAACCUGUGGCCAGAGCAACCCCGGGGACUCUACCUUCUGCCCCCCAGAGUCCCCUUUAUUGAGCUGCUCCCAGUGAAGGAAGGAAUCCAAGAGGAGGCAGCCUCUACCCUCCUUCUUGCUGAUGCUCAAAGGGGUGAGGAGUAUGAGCUGGUGCUGACUGACGAUGCCAACCGGACCAGGUGCCGCCUGGGAGAUGUAGUACAAGUGGUUGGUGCCUAUAAUCAGUGCCCUGUUGUCAGGUUCACCUACAGAUUAGGCCAGGCCCUGAGUGUUCGAGGAGAAGUUACCAGUGAGAAUGUGUUCUCUGAGGCCUUGGCCCAGGCAGUGGAGCAGUGGCCAGGGGCCAAGCUGUUGGACCAUGGCUGUAUGGAAAGCAGCAUUCUGGACACCUGUGAUGGCUCUGCCCCGCACUAUGAAGUGUUCGUGGAGCUGAGGGGACUGAGGAAUCUGUCAGAGGAAAAUCGGGACAAGCUUGACCACUGCCUCCAGGAAGCUUCCCCUCACUACAAGUCCCUGCGGUUCUGGGGUAGUGUGGGUCCUGCCAGAGUCCACCUGGUGGGGUCAGGAGCCUUCAGAGCACUCCGGGAAGCACUGGCAGCCUGCCCUUCAUCCUCUUUCCCCCCUGAGAUGCCCCGAGUCCUCAGGCACAGGCACCUGGCCCAGCUCCUGCAGAAAAGGGUGGUGUCUUAGCCAGCUACUGUGGGGCUACCUCACUCCUUCCUCUAGGAUAUCUCUGGAUGGAGAGCCCUGGCAAGAUGUCACCUAAUGUUGGUCCAUCAGAGCCACUGGGUCUAAGGAAGGGCCUAGGAUUCACUCGUCAGUUUUGAGAUUCAGGCUUUGGGAGUACAUAAUAGCCCAGCAGUGCCCUACCUCUGUCCCCCUCAACCCAAUGCUAGGGAAUUCCAUGCACUCUGAUGGUUUCCUGUGUCUCAGCCUGGUAUGUUGUUCCCUGGCCCUACUCAUGUGCUUGACCAGGGUAUGGCAUGGGCUGUAAGUAGGGUAGGUGUGCCCUAGGAGUGGCCUUUGUCCAUAAGGACAAAGGAGUGGCCUUUGUCAGAGUCAUUGUCUAUGUGAGACAGGUCUUAGAUUUUUCUGCCCUCAACAGGAUGAGGCUGUGGCCCACAGCAGUAACCUACUCUGAUACUAUUCCCACCAACUCUCCUCCCUUCCCCCUUGCCUGUUCCAUCAUUCUGUUUUCUGGAUCAGUUCCCAAAUAAAACUCUAAAAAAAAAA